CCUCUGAGAAACCUCCAUUGUUCAACCGCCCGAUUAGCUCGGUCGACAGAUCCAAUGGAAGUGAUGGUGGUGGAGAGACCGCCGGAGUUUCUUCCCCGCAUCACCCGGAGCUACAGCGACUGCAAUAGCCGCCGUUCCGACGAUUCCCCACUCGUCCGGUGUCAAACAAGCUGCUCCUCCUCCCUCCAUCGCUUCCUCGUCCACUCCGCCGCCGAAUGCUCCGACGACGCCAUUUGCAAGCUCAUCGCCGACCUUGACUCGCCCUCCAUCGAAUCCAAGCGCCUCGCCGCAACGGAGCUCCGUUUCCUCGCCAAGCACAGCCCCGAGAACCGCGUCCUUAUCGCCCGCGCCGGCGCCGUCGCACCCCUCGUCGCCCUCCUCUCCCACCCCGAUCCUCAGAUCCAGGAGCAAGGCGUCACCGCUAUUUUAAACCUCUCCCUCUGCGAUGAGAACAAAUCCGCCAUCGCCGGUGCCGGCGCCAUCCGCCACCUCGUCUUCGCUCUCCGCUUCGGCACCCCCGCUGCCCGUGAGAACUCCGCUUGCGCCCUCCUCCGCCUCGCCCAGCGCGACGACCUCCUCGCCGCUAUCGGCUGCUCGGGUGCCAUCCCAGCCCUCGUCUCCCUCCUCGAGACAGGCGGACCCCGCGGGAAGAAGGACGCCGCCACCGCCCUCUUCGCCCUCUUAGCUGCGAAGGAGAACAUGACCCGGGCAGUGGAGGCCGGAGCGGUGCGCCCCCUUCUGGAUCUGAUGGCCGAUCCGGAGUCUGGGAUGGUGGACAAGGCGGCAUACGUGCUCCACCGGGUGUUGUCGUUGCAGGAGGGGCGUAGGGCAGCGGUGGCGGAGGGCGGCGUACCUGUGCUGGUGGAGAUGGUGGAGGUCGGGACCCGCCGGCAGAAGGAAGUGUCGAUGCUAUCGCUUCUCGAAAUAUGCAAGGAGGGCGCUGCGUACCGAAGGAUGGUAGUCCGCGAGGGCGGCAUUCCGCCAGUCGUAGCUCUGGUUCAGUCCUCCUCGGAGAAGACGAAGGAGAAGGCGGAGGCGUUGAUUGCGCUUUUACGGCAACCGACCGCACCACUUUCAUAGUUCAGUAUUACCGACACGUGUCGGAGAAGGUGGGUAAAUAUUUACUUUCGGCCGCUGCCACUAUCAACGGAGAUGAUGAGGGUCGGCUCGUUUAUUUUUUUUUCCUUCGCCUUUUUAGUGAAAAUGGUCGGGUUUUAUUAUAUUAGAAACUUGUUUUAAAAAAAAAAAAAAAAAAAAAAAAAAAAAAAAAAAAAAAAAAAAAAAAGCAUAAAGAGUUGUGUUUUGUUAAUAUUUAGUAGGCUGUGCUGGUCUUGUGAACGUCCUGGGUUGGACGUUAAUGAUACAAGUUGUAGUGUACUAAAUUGCUAGUGCACUUGUAUUGAACUUUGUGUACAAACGAUUUAAUUUGGUUUCACUCGA